AUGACUGACUUUGCCGGCCAUCUGUUCCCUGGAUUGCUUCUGUUUUUCUCUGGACUCUACUAUGCCAUGCUGGUAUCAUUGGCCAUCUUGAGGGGGCAGCGGCUCCUGGUUUCACCACUUCCUCCCCGGGAUAAGAGAGCAAGGGGUUGGCUGCAGAAGCUCCCCAUUGAGGGUUUGAUCAAGGUUGCUGUCUGCAUCCCUGGCAUGGCAGGUGCUUUGUUCUAUCCAUUAGGCUCGAACAGGCUUGCUAUUAUAGACUGGGAAGACCCUGAGAGGAAAUUCUUGUAUCACAACACCUGGCAACAUGUGACCAUAUACAGCUUCCUUCUCAUCAGUGGUCUGGUGGACAUAGUGAGUCAGAGCUGGCUGGCCAGGCAGCAGGUGAGGCUGGAGCAGGCUGCCCUGGCCUUGGCCUUCCAAGGAACUGCCCUGCUCCUGCUCUCCCACACUGAGGGCAAGAAUGUCCUGGAGGCCCGUGCCCACUUUCUGCUGGUGUUGCCCAUCAUGCUGAUUGCUCAAGUGCUGACUAUUGAACUCUGGCUCCCUGACCAGCCUGUGCUUUGGGUGUUCAAGGUCUGGAUGCUUCUCCUGUCUGGCUCAUGGUUUGUCCACCUGGGGAGCAUAAUCUUUCUUCCAAUUACUGGCCAUCCUUGGAGGGCAGAUAAACCUGGAGAUGUCAUGUUCCUCACAACCUUCUUCUGCUGGCACCUGAUCCUGGAUGCUCUGCUGAUGGCUGGCGUCUAUGGGCUCUGCAGUCUCUGGCAACAUCGGUACCCACCUCAGCAGGGGGCAAAGAGUACUAAGUACCAGCUGUGCCCCACAGAUCCCACCACUGAGGAGCUAAAGAAGCUGCUGGUUGAGAUGAAUCAGGAGAGUGGUAGGAUCUAGGGUGUGAGAUAGUUAUGUGCUGUGCCUUUUCCCCAUCAGGGAUUCA